AUGGCAGUUGGCACUACUUCCAUUUCCAUCAAUAAAAAGGGGGCAGUAGCUCCAAACAUCUACUGCAAAACGACCUCAACUCAUGACUAUGAUAGUUUAGUUGACUAUUUUCCUGGGAACAAAUUAAGAUUGAGGAUCCUCAAGGUAGUCUUGAAAACAACUAAAUUUUAAGAGGGGUUGAACCGGCAAGCUGUUGCACUCUUAGCAGCUACCUUUUUUGUCACUCCAAAAGAAACUACUUAAUUUAGGAGGCUGAUCGAGAAGAAAUUACAGAUCCAACAUAUAUAUGGCUGUGAAUGAAGGAGAUAGCAUUAGAAUUGAUAUCGACCGCUUGGUGUCUUCAAUAGAAGAUAUGGUGUCCCAUGAUUUGAUUAUGCCGGCUAAGUGUUGCAUCUUCAAAACCCCUGCCAUUCUCUACAGGCAUAAUGAAAAAGCUUUUAUCCCCGAUGCAUUUUCUAUUGGGCCUCUCCAUCAUGGCCGUCCAAACUUGAAAGCCACAGAAAAUAUUAAAGCCAAGUAUUUGCAAGGCCUUAUCUCUCGUUCAUACUCUCCGCAUACAAUCCUAAGAACUCUCAUCAUUUCUAUCACAGAGGUGGAAAAAGACGCUCGUGAGUGUUAUGCUGAAGCAAUCGAUUACAACCCAGAAGAAUUUGUGAAAAUUUUGGUAAUUGAUGGUUGCUUUCUUAUUGAGUUGUUCCGCAAGAAAGCUUAUUUGGUGGCCAGAGAAGAAGAUGACCCUAUUUUCACCCAGUCAUGUAUGAUACAAUUUCUAAACCAUGACUUGAUAUUGCUAGAAAACCAAGUACCUUGGAUGGUACUUGAGAUUUUGUUCAACUUGACAAAGCAUUCCAACCGCGACUUCAUCCCCCUAAGUCUACUUGCUGUGAAUUUCUUGAGUAUCACCCUUUUAUCGUAUGGAAUGCAGCCCCAGCUAAUGCAGACCAACAUGAAUAUCCAAGGCAUCGAGCAUAUUGUUGACUUGGACAGGAAGUUGUCAACUUUGUCAAUUGAAGAUAAAGAAGAAAGAAUAGGGGGGUGGGAACUCCUGCCUUCUGCUACGAGCCUCGUGGAGGCUGGAAUCAAAUUCAAAAGGGGUACAUCUUCUGAAAACAUUUUGGACAUCAAAUUUAUUGAUGGCGUUCUGGAAAUUCCUCCAUUAGUAAUUCACGAUGUAACAGAAACCGCCUUUAGAAAUCUCAUCAGCUAUGAACAAUGUUAUCCUAAAUGUGAAGCUAAGAUCACUUCCUAUGCGGUACUCCUAGACAGCCUCAUUAAUACUGCUAAGGAUAUGGAUAUUCUGUGCGAGAAUAAGAUAAUUGAAAACUGGUUGAAUCCUGAGGACGCGGCUCAACUCUUCAACAAGCUUUACCUUGACACUUAUGUGGACUAUUGCUACACAGACCUUUGCAGGCAAGUAAAUAGUUUUUGCCAACGCAGAUGGCCUAGAUGGCGUGGAGCGCUUGUGCGCAAUUAUUUCAACACUCCAUGGGCUAUUCUUUCCACAUUGGCCGCUGUUAUCCUUUUGAUCCUCACCAUGGUUCAAACUUGGUAUAGCAUAACAAGUUAGUAUUACUUACAAUUUACAACGUACCUCGUGAAACUUGUUAUGUACGUAAUUGGUCUGUUACACCGGCCGUAUUUAGAAUUUGCAUGCAUGCGCUAGACUAGGACUCCACCAAGACGUGUAAUUGGUCUGUUUCGUUUCAGUUGCAUUUCUAGCUAUUUAGGUGAUGAUUGAUUAAUAAAAAAUCGUGCAAAGUUUUAUCCUUAA